AAAGUCUAAGCGACAAAAGCAGAAUCUUGAUGCAAAUCACUUCAGACGUGCGCAAUAUCUAAAAAAAUGCCGUUUGCGUGUUCGGUGCCAAAGUGCGAAGGAAACAGUUACAGAUUUAAAGGAAAAAGAUCUACGUUCAAAGUGCCCAGUGAUCCUAUUCUACGAAGUGAAUGGGAAUCUUGUGUGCCCGGGGUUAUUUUUUUCCGGUCUACAGCACGUAUAUGUGAAUGGCAUUUUCCCGAAGAAAAUAUUAUUAGAGAGUGUGUCAAACAUGACCAAGAAGGGCGACUCAUCUUUCGUGUUCCUUUACAACAUCCACGUUUAAGAAAUGGUGCCAAACCUACAAUAUUCAAGAAUCAGAAUGCUUGCAAGAAAUCAAGGGAAAGUUUGAGGCAAUCUGUUGAUAAUAGAAUUGUUAAUACUGAAGAAAAGGCGGAGGUGAACAAAUUUCAAGUAAAAGAUGAACAAAAUAAUUGUUCAGUUAUGGAAAUUAAUUUUCAAGAGAAUGCUUUAAUUUUUCCAACUGAAUUUGUAAAUGUUGACGCGUUAUCUGACGUGGAAGCGAUCGUCGUGCAAAAGGACAAUGUUUUAAAAAGUCCUGUUAAAAGUGAGCAAUUUAAUUUGCAAGGAACGUCAUGUCAAUCUGCAAUUAUCUGCAAUUUAUCUUCUCUAACGAACAUCACUUUUCAAUUCAACAGAGCAGCUGGUGAAGACAUGUUUGAAGAAUAUUCUAUCGAAGUGCCAAAACCAUGGGGUUUUAGUAAAUCUUUUAUAGAGGAAGAAGAAACUUUACUAUUUACUUGCGUCACGAGCGUUAAUGAUAACGGGAUGAAAAAACACGUUUUGGAAAAGUGUCUCGUAAUAACUGCUGACCGAGAAAUAAAAUACGAAGUGCAUUCUACGCCAGUUGACGUCGAUAAAAAGAAACUCCCAACAGUUCUUCACGAUAUAAAAUCAUUGCCAGAACUUCUAAAAAAAUUCAAGGAUAUGCGAAUUUGCAAAGGCGUACGUUUAACUGAUGUACCUCAAAAUUCUAUUUUGCAAAACAGCCUCAUUACAGAAUGGCACCAUGCAGAUUGUAAAAUCCUAUCAAUAAACUAUGAAAGAUGUCUAGUAUGUAGAAGGGUGACAAAAAGUUCAUCACAGAAGGCGAGAAGACUAAAAAAAUUAAAAAACACGUGAGCCUUCGUGAUACCUGCGGCAGAAGUGACGAGAGAAAUUAUUUCAUCUGCAAAAAGAAAAAUUCCAAAUGGUCGUCGGUAUUCUGAGGAGUUAAUUAUGUUAUGCAUGGUUAUGAACAUCAGAUCUAAUAAUUAUUAUGAGUUUUUUUGAAAGAACGAAAUAUUGGCUUUUUCUAACUAGUAAAUAAAAGAGGAUUCAAAAGAAUAUGAUGAUUAGAAGUAGUACCCCAGUGAGCACAAUAUUCGACGACAUCGUUACGACAUCCUAUGUCCGUGUCGUUACGCUGUCCUUACGAUAUCCUAAAGUUGUAAAGAUGUCGUAAAGACGUCGCCAAAAGUUGCGCCCACUGGGACAUCGUCUUAUCCGUAUUAAUCCUUCGCGUUUUUUAGGUUAUUUUUAGUAAAAUUUGUUGUUUUUUUAAAAAUAUGCCUUGAAGAAUUCUUUAAUUGGAAUCAAUGAUAAUCUAUGAGAAGUGAAUAGCUAUACUGUCGAAUAUUAGUGUGAGCU